AUGGGUGGUCUGGUGACAUGGAAAAUCCUUAAGGAAUUUGUAGAUCGGUUCUUCCCUAGAGAUAUGAGGGAGGAGAAAGUGACAGAGUUCAUCAAUCUUCUCCAAGGAGGGAAGAGUGUUCAUGAGUACUCUUUCGAAUUCGUUAAAUUUUCCAAAUAUGCUACAUCUUUAGUCUCCGAUCGAAGAGACCAAAUGAGCCGUUUUGUGAUGGAGCUUUCGGAGGACAUACAAGAGGAGUGCCAAUUAGCCAUGCUACAUGACAACAUGACCAUUUCCCGUAUUAUGGUAAAAAGUUUUAGUUCACCAAAGAAGAAGCCAACUUAUGGGAAGUUUGGUAAAAAGCACUAUGGUGAGUGCCUUAAGGGGACAGAUAAUUUCUUUAGUUAUGGAAAGAGUGGUCACAAAAUGAGAGAUUGUCCAAACUUGAAGAGUCACGUCAAUGGUAGUGGCCAAGCUCAAGCAAGUGGUUCUAGUGAUGUUCCAAAAAAGAACCGCUUCUAUGCUCUCCACUUUGUGGGUGAGCAAGAUACCCCUCCCGACGUGGUGACCAGUACCUUAAAAAUCUUUACUUUUGAUGUGUAUGCUUUAAUUGAUCCGGUUUCUACUUUGUCCUUUGUUACACAACUAGUAACUAAAAAGUUUGAUGCUUUACUCGAUAUUUUGCAUGAGCCUUUUCUAGUGUCUACUCCAGUGGGAGAGUCGUUAGUUGCUAAAAGAGUCUAUCGAAAUUAUCCUAUUUGA